GCAUAAGGUCACUUUAAUCAUUUUAACAGUUCCAACAGCUUUCCUUCUAAUAUCAGUGUCCCCUUCGUCAUUUGUGUUCCAAGUUCCUAAACAGUCGAAAAGAAUUCAGCUAUGAACUCUGCAAGCUUCAGCUCAGAUCCAAACACGCUGUGCCACAUAGUGGCGAUCCCUUACCCUGGUCGAGGCCAUAUCAACCCCAUGAUGAAUCUUUGCAAAUUCAUAGCUUCGAAAUCCAACGACAUACUCAUUUCCUUUGUGGUCACUGAAGAGUGGCUCGGCUUCAUCGGUUCUGAUCCUAAACCUGAUACAAUCCGCUUCUGCUCGAUACCAAACGUUUUGCCAUCGGAGCUGGUUCGAGGUAAUAACCUGUCUGGAUUCAUGGAAGCUGUUUGGACAAAGAUGGAUGCUCCAUUUGAAUGCCUUUUGGAUCAGCUUGAGCCUCCGGCUACUCUUAUAAUGGCUGAUACAAUUCUCCUUUGGGCGGUGUCUGCUGGGAACCGGAGAAAUAUUCCAGUGGUGUCCUUUUGGCCUUUAUCAGCUAUGACGUUUUCAGUGAAUCACCAUUUUCAUCUUUUACGAGAAAACGGACACUUCCCAAUCCCAAUGGACCUGUUAGAAAAGGGUGAUGAGCAAGUGGACUACAUCCCUGGGGUUUCUUCGACACGUUUAUUGGACAUUCUUCCCGCAAACUUCAAAGAGGAUUCCAAUUCGUUUUUCUUGAAGCAUAUGUUGGAUAGUUUUUCAUGGGUUCGUAAAGCAAAAUAUCUUUUGUUGGCUUCAAUUUACGAAAUUGAAACAAAAACAGUUGACACUCUGAAGGCAGAAUUUCCCUUCCCUGUCUACACUAUUGGCCCUGCCAUCCCCCUCAAGCUUGGAAACAACUCCGUUUCAAGCCUUGGCGACAGUGAACUCGACUAUCUACAGUGGCUUGACAGACAACCAAGGAACUCUGUUCUGUAUGUAUCACUGGGAAGUUUUCUUUCAGUUUCAAGUGCCCAAAUGGAUGAAAUUGCAGCUGGUUUGAAUGAUAGUGGUGUUCGGUUCUUGUGGGUAGUCCGCAACGAGACUUCUAGGAUGAAGGAAGCUUGUAGUGAUCAGGGGUUUGUGGUGCCCUGGUGUGAUCAGCUGAGGCUGCUAAUGCAUCCUUCCACAGGGGGAUUUUGGAGUCAUUGCGGAUGGAAUUCUGUUCAAGAAGCUAUUUUUGCAGGCAUUCCAUUUCUUACAUUCCCGCUGGCUGCAGAUCAGAUGAUGAAUACUAAGCUAGUUGUGGAGGAUUGGAAAAUUGGUUGGAGGUUGAAAAAGCAGUUCCCAGAAGAGAAUUUGGUAGCAAGAGGCGAAAUUUCCUGGUUUGUGGAAAAAUUUAUGGAUUUGAAAAGUGCAGAAGUGAAAGAAAUGAGGGAAAGAGCUAAAGAGCUUCAAGAGAAAUGUCAACAUGCCAUUGACAGAAAUGGCUCAUCUGACACCAGUAUUACUUCCUUCAUCAGUAACAUUUCACAUAUUAGUGGCCAUUAAUCAUAUUAUUGGUUCUUCAAGCCGUGCCUUUGAAAGUCCUUGGGAUUAAUUCCAUAGAUGCUUCUAUCAUCUUUGGACAGUUUCUUGUGUCAGUUGUUUGUUGCAACACAUUUCGACUUGUACUAGAGGAGCCAAGUAAAUGCUCUUAUCUCUAGCGCCUAAAUAAGUUACAUUUGACUGAUAAUGUAAAUUUAUGUUGGUAACUGAUUUUGAAAAUGAAUGUUUGGUAAGAGUUUGGUACAACAAGAGAUUGAAAAGAAGAAAGAGGAACUGCUUGCAAAUGACAUUUUUCCUCAACCACAAUUUUACAAACUUGGUCUU